AUAGCUUCGUCUGUAUACCCUAUAUCUCUAUAGCCAACACACACACAAAUACUCUCCAUUCCAUUCCAUCUCAAAGGAUAGAAUAAUGGGCGGUCUCUCCACCAAGCUUUUCGUGGUCCUCCUCCUGCUCGUUUGUUACACCGGGACGCAAGGCGGGCCGGUGACUAUGGUGUCGGCGAGGAAGUGCGAGUCGCAGAGCUUCCGCUUCAAGGGACCUUGCUCGAGGGACGCCAACUGCGCAAACGUCUGCCUGACCGAAGGUUUCACCGGCGGCGUGUGCAAGGGCCUACGCCACCGCUGCUUCUGCACCAGGGACUGCUAGUACUGCCUCGUCUCGCCUCGCCUCGGCUCGUGUCCUGCGUGUGCAUAGCCGCAGCGGAUCAGUAAAACAUGCAUGCAUGCGUUACCGAAUAUUUGGCAGUACCAGCAAGUUAAUGGAUUAAAUAAUAUGUAAUGGAACAAAGCCUGUUUUGAACGUGGAA